CACUCCAUUCGUCGGUGUUGUUGCUCAUGAAAAAAUUGUCUCAUAGGAACUUAUCGUGUUUGGCGAAGCCACCUCAUAUUUUUCGGAGCUGGUCUAUUUUUCAGUGUUGCAGAAUCGCAGGAUGCCGCGACGUACGCAGGCGGUCAGCUUGUGACUGCUUGUGACGCUCCGAGCCAAUUGAUUCAGUGACAGAUGUCCCUUGCGUGCUAGGGCUGGACCAAAACUGUAAACAACAAGGCUUGUGCACACUAACUUGAUAGUAGCUUUGAUGCUUGUAGACUCCUUUACAUUGUUUAUUUCACAUUGCUUGCUAAACAACAGUACUUGAAGUACUCGUGUUUGUUAGCUAACAAGUUUAGCGUUAGCUUAUUACAAUUUGUUGCGAGCGGUUUUGCAAUGUAUUAGCUAGCUGGCUUCACUCUUGGAAUGUAUUUGCCGAAGAGUACUUCGAGAUUUGUGACAGACUGAUGUUAUAUUUGUGAUUAAAGAAUGGAGGUUGACGACGAUGACGUGCCGCUGAUCCUCACUUGGGACGAUGCAAACAGCGGUUUACUCAACGAGGACCCGGAGAGGGUAGACGAAAAUGGUGGUGCUGGAAACUAUGACAUCGUAAAUAGUGCCGCGGUGUCAACACCUGGGCCUCAACCCCACCGAGCACACAAUGUGUCUUUACGACAAAGCUGGGAGAUGAACUACCAGGAGGCGGCCAUCUAUUUGCAGGAAGGAGAGAACAACGACAAGUUCUUCACCCACCCUCGAAACCCCAAGGCGCUGGCAGCGUACCUCUUUGCCCACAACCACCUCUUUUACAUGAUGGAGCUGCUAACGGGCCUCCUGCUCAUGACGCUGUCGCUGUGCGAAGCCCCCGCGGUACCUUCGCUACGCCUGGACGUUUAUGUUCAUGCCACUCUGGAGCUGCUGGCCUUGGUUAUUGUGGCGUUUGAGCUGUGCAUGAAGCUCCGCUGGCUGGGCUUCCACACCUUCAUACGACACAAGAGGACCAUGGUGAAGGCUUGUGUGUUGCUGCUACAGUUUGUUGAGGCCAUCGUGGUUCUGGUCCGCCAGACGUCGCACAUGCGAGUGACCCGAGCACUCCGACCAAUAUUCCUUGUGGACUGUAGAUACUGCGGUGCUGUACGCAGAAAUUUGCGGCAGAUCUUCCAGUCUCUCCCACCAUUUAUUGACAUCCUCCUCCUACUGCUCUUCUUCAUGGUCAUAUUUGCUAUCCUGGGUUUCUGCCUCUUCUCUACAAACAUAUCAGAUCCAUACUUCAGCACGCUGGAGAACAGCAUGGUUAGCCUCUUUGUGCUGCUGACAACGGCAAAUUUCCCUGAUGUGAUGAUGCCGUCGUACUCAAAGAACCGCUGGUCCUGUGUGUUCUUCAUUGUGUACCUCUCCAUUGAGCUCUACUUCAUCAUGAACCUGCUCCUCGCCGUGGUGUUUGACACCUUUAACGACGUGGAGAAGAUGAAGUUCAAGUCUCUGUUGCUUCACAAGCGCUCCGCUAUUGACCACGCCUUCCAGCUGUUAGUCAGCCGCCAGAGGCCAAUGGGUGUCUCACUGAAACAGUUUGAUGGCCUGAUGCGUUUUUAUAGACCAAGGAUGUCAGCGAGAGACCGCUUCCUCACCUAUAAAGCUCUCAACACCUCAGGCUCUCCUAUGCUCAGUCUGCAGGACUUUUAUAAAUUCUAUGAGGUGACAGGCCUUAAAUGGAAGACACGGCGCAGUGGGGAACACUGGUUUGAUGACCUUCCGCACACAGCCUACAUUAUUUUAAAAGGCAUCAACCUGCUGGUGAAGUCUAAAGCCUUCCAGUACACCAUGUAUGUAGUCGUGGCCAUCAACGGUGUGUGGAUCCUCGUGGAGACGUACACUCUAGACAGUGGCUUCUCCUGGUCUAGAUUGGUGCCAUGGAAUUACAUUGUCUUCCUUACCAUUUAUGGGGUGGAGGUGUUAUUGAAGAUAUCAGGCUUGGGACCGUUGGCUUAUUUCAGUUCUGGAUGGAAUCUGUUCGACUUCUCUGUGACCGUGUUUGCGUUCCUGGGUCUAAUUGCACUCGCCUUCAAUAUGGAGCCUUUCUACUUCAUCGUUGUGCUCCGACCACUUCAGCUCCUCCGGUUGUUUAAGAUUAAGAAGAGGUAUCGCAACGUGUUGGACACCAUGUUUGAGCUCUUCCCCAGGAUGGCCAGUCUGGGUUUGACCUUGAUCAUCUUCUACUACUCGUUUGCCAUCGUGGGCAUGGAAUUCUUUGCCAACGUGGUUUACCCUGACUGCUGCAAGAACAGCACGGUGGCCGACUCCUACAAGCAGACCAACGUCACACAUGGCAACAAAACCGUGUUGGAAGGAGGCUACUAUUAUCUCAACAACUUCAACAACAUUCUCAGCAGCUUUGUGACUCUCUUUGAGCUGACUGUGGUCAACAACUGGUACAUCACAAUGGAAGGAGUGACCUCCAUGACCAGCCACUGGAGUCGACUCUACUUCAUGACUUUCUACAUCGUCACCAUGGUGGUCAUGACCAUCAUUGUGGCCUUCAUCCUGGAUGCUUUCGUCUUCCGCAUGAACUACAGUCGCAAGAACCGGGAAAUGCUGGAUAACCCUCAGGAUGAGAAUGGAAUCGUGUUUGAAGUGGAAGUGACGCGUGACGAAGCUCUGUCCACUCUGGAGUUUUACAAGCAGACAUGUCCUGGACAGUCGUCUCUCAGCUCUCUGGUGGGAGUCGUGCAAGCAAUGGACCGCAGUGGGAGUGAACAGCACUCACCCCUGUUAUACCAAGGGCGGAGAUCAAGGACAAAGUGUGACCUCAGCAUGAAAAUGUAUGAGGAAGAGAUGCAGGAGUGGUAUUUCGAGUAUUCAAGGGGAAACCUGCCUCAGCCAGACCAAAAUCAAGAGCCCGACUUGGACAGUCCCACAUCCAAUCCGCCUUUUGUGCCUGCACCUCAGCUAAACUCACAUGCUGGACAUUACAGUAUUAACUGAGUAACUCAUGCGGCAGUGAUCUUACAAUUGUAUCGCUGCAGGACUUUUAAUCCCACCCAACACACUCAACACACCAUUUCCCACAGUGGGAGCUGGUCUGGUGUCUUGAUGUAAGAUGACGAAAUGGUGGCCUCGCUCUGGACAGACAGCAGCUCCACUGCUCAGACAGACAAGUGGUACAUUUGCCAGGAACCAUUAAAGCUUAUGUAAGGAGCCUGUUAAUACUUCUAUUACAGUAUGUAAUGUACAGAUGUAUUGAACGCCGGAGGGCUUUUGUGGCCUCCUUUAAAACCCCGGUUUAACCAAAGUCGGGCUGCCAUGGAUAAUGUCAAAAUAUGACUAAUUAGUUUCUUCAAUAGCUUAACAAUUGAGGACCGUUUACUGGCAAGGGUUUCUCAAAUUGAUCCCCAAGCAGCAAUAUCCAUGCAAUACAUCUAAUGCAGCAAUACCUGAAGCUGUCCCAAGUCCACAUUCAAUAUUGCUGAAUUCCUUUGACCUUAAGUCAGUUUUGUAUAUUGACUAAAACCAACAAAUCUCAUCGGUUUGUCUAUCUUUGUACUGUAUUAAAUUAUAUUUCUGUGUAACACAGCGCCUUAA